CUAGAGCAUUGUCAAUCGGGUGAUGUUGGAUAGCGUUUCAUAACUCUGCUGUUGCUUCAUGACAGCGGAGACAAAAUUACCUUGUUCUAACAUUUUUUUUUUUUGCUUCAGACAAACAUUAAAAGCAUAAAAUAUUUGUUGGUAAACGAAUUGCUUUGUGCAACAUGCACAAGCAAUAUGGUAACAUGUUAGUGGUCCUAUUUGUCUGUGCAAUCAUUUCAACCGAGGGCACAGAUGGAUACCUUUCCACUCAAGCGGUUAAGGAUCCAUACUUGUCAGACUUUUUGUUGCACGAGAUUGUAAAUCGGAUGGGAAAGGGUUUGGGCAAUGCUGGUGAUUCGUACAUUGAUCCAAUGGCUAAAGAUAUGCCAUCACGUCUAUCGUUAAUGUCACGUGCAACAAAAGAUCUUGAAGCCGAGCAGUUGGACUAUGAUUCGAUUUUGAAUGGAGAGCACAGUGCACAUCCUAGCAUGCGUGACCAAGAAUACUUGGAACAUUCAUCGCUUUUUGGUCAUCAGUAUGUGACGGGUGGGGCGGCUGAAGUUGGUCAGCAUUUUUUCAAGCUUAAACCAAAAACAGAUGCUUCACUUCCUGCCUACUGCAAUCCACCCAAUCCAUGUCCAGUCGGUUAUACCGAAGAUCAAGGAUGUAUAACUGAUUUCGAGAACACAGCCGCAUUCAGCCGUGAUUAUCAGGCAUCUCAAGAAUGCAUGUGCGAUGGAGAACAUAUGUUCGACUGUCCCGGCCCAAAGGAAAACAACAAAGUUGGUCGACCAAUCAAUUCGGAUCUUGAAAGUUUCUUUGCUCAACAAUUUGGUGAUAAAAACUUUGUAGCUAAAAAAUUCUACAGCUAUAGGGAUCCGAAUCCAUUUUUGACGGGUGAAAAGCUUCCGAUUGCAGCAAAAAAGGGCCACUAUUACUACUAAACAAAAUUACUCUGAAUAUCUGAUGCUAUGACCACACGGCGCGCUCCCAAAGGACAACGAUUUUCCAUAUACGAUAUAAAUUAAUCUGGACUAAUUGAUGACGACCAUUGGCUUUUCUUAAAACAGGUUUACGAUGUCUGCUCUCAACGAUAUUUUCGUUUUAUUUAAAUUAGAUUUAAGUAAAUUAGUCAUAAUUAUAUACAUAUAUUCUAUAAAGUAUAUAACCAGUAUGAAAAAUUAUAAUCAAUAUUAAUCAUAAAAUGAAAGAUUCACAUUCAUAGACCAUGGCUAAAUACACGCAAAUGUGCUGCGUUUGUUUUGCAUUUUUCAAAUGUUGACCGAUGCAUCAUUUUCACCUGUAUAUAGCCAUGAUCCACAUUCUACGCUUGCAUUGUAUAGUAUUUAUAUAACUGUGUACUCCAAUGAAACUAUUUUUUGAUGAGAAGAAAUCAUCAAUUUAUACAUCGACAUUAUCAGUUAAAAUGUUGAUAGUGUAAUUAAGAGAGUACACAAAAUUGAUUUUUCUUUUUAAAAAAAAAUCAAAUUACACUGCGAUUUUAAUUCCAAAGAAAAACAACAUUUGAUGGAAGUUGGAAAAAACGCACGUUAUUUUUGACUAAACAACUUUAUAAAACACUUUCGGUAAAAGAAAAGAAACGACACUCUUCAUUCUAAUGAAAAUGAACGAAAGAAGAAUUGACAUGUUGUUUACAAAUUUACGGAAACUUGAAAAUAAAUAAACAACCAGAACAAUGUUGAUAGUACAUAUUAUUGAAGGCUUUCCAGCAAGAUAAAAUAGAUGCGAUAAGAAAAUGUUUGCCACUUUCAAUAAUCGAGCAAAUUUUUUCCAUCAACAAAUUUCGCACAAUGACAUCAAAAUAAAAAUGUUGUUGAUGGAUUUUCGAGGUAAUUCGAAAACAUUUUGACACAUUCAUGCAAAUGUGUCAUUAUGGCAACGGUAAUUGUUUCUAACAUCUACUUCGUGCUCACAACAGUUACAGCACAUAUGCGAUUUGAGCCACGCACAUUGUGUAACAACGUCAUCCGUGAUUUGUGCAGCACGAUACAUAAAUUUAUUUUAUAAUUUCGGUAUGAUUUGAUGAGAUCCGACCGUUACCGUUGCAAUUUAAUCUCAUCUUUUAAGAAUUUUGAUUUGUCAAUUUUUCAUGUCUCUAUUUCUAUCAUUUGCGUUGAACGUUCGAAUUUUUACUAUAAUUUUCUUAUCAUUUAACGGCAAUUAAUAAAUUGCCACAUACGACAAAUUUGCAACUCGAAUUUUCACAUUCAAUCAAGUGCUCGCUAUCAGUAAACAACACAAUUUAUUAUUUCUUCAACUGUUUGUGUUCACAAAUAUGUGAAAAUUCGACAUCCAAAUUUUGGUCGAAUUUCGAAUUUAGGUUAACUGUUUUCAAAAAAAAAAAAAAAAAACCAGCCAAACCAAAAAAAAAUCUCUUUUAUUUUCAUUCGAUUUACUUUAUUGGUUUAACAUUUUCUUUAAUUUUUGGCUCAUUCCGUUGUGAUUGGCUUGACCAUCGCCAAAAAAUCCAACGAAAGCAUUACUAAAUGCACUGACGUUACACAAAAAACAAAAAAAUGACCCAAACACAAAUAAGCAUCGACAAAGGAAAUAUGAUUGGAAAAUGAAAUCUCAACACUUUAAAUGAACCACAAAA